AAUACUAUUUAAUAUAAUUAGUAUAAACAAUCGUAGGGGAAAGGGGGAGUCAAUCAUAAUGUCCAUACGGAUCUCUUUAUGUGAUCUACUGUUGAUGGUCAUACUAACUGGGACGACGAUACGUGCCUUAACAAUAGAUGAGCAAUGCAUGCAUGCGGAUAGCUGUGAAAGGUGUUUGGGAGCACACCUGGAAUGUGCCUGGUGUACCGACAAGACCUAUCAGGUGCGUUCGCGGUGUUUCACUCGCUCCCAGCUGCUCAGCUUCAAUUGUAGUGAGGAGGAAAUAUAUGAAAAUCAACCGGUAUUAGAUUUACUGCAACAAAAACCACUCAAGGACUAUGAGACCCUAGAUGAUCUGGCCGUGCAAGUAACCCCACAGCGUGUCUACCUCAAAUUGGUCAAAGGAAACACGCAACGCGUUAAACUAAGCUAUCGCACAGCACGCAACAAUCCACUCGAUUUGUAUGUCCUGAUGGAUUUGACCUGGACAAUGCGCGAUGAUAAGGAUACUUUGGAGCAGCUAGGAACGGCAUUGACUCAAACCCUGCACAAUCUGACCGAUAACUAUCGCUUGGGUUUCGGCUCGUUUGCCGAUAAGCCAGUCAUGCCCUUGAUUUCGCAUAAGUGGAAAAAAAACCCCUGUGCAGCGGAACGAGCUACCUGUGAACCAACGUAUGGCUAUCGUCAUCAUCUAUCCCUGACCGAUGACAUCAAAGCCUUUACCACCGCUGUGGCGGGAAGUAAAAUAACCGGAAAUCUCGAUAAUGUGGAGGGUGGCUUCGAUGCCCUAAUGCAGGUGAUUGUUUGCCAGAAGGAAAUUGGCUGGCAACAGCAAGCUCGUAAAGUGGUCAUCCUGGUGACCGAUGGCUUCAUGCACUUCGCUGGCGAUGGCCUCCUAGCUGGCAUAGUCAAGCGCAAUGAUAAAAAAUGUCAUUUGAGUGCUGCCGGUGAAUACACUGGGUCAUUGGAAUAUGAUUAUCCAUCGCUCGAAGAGAUGUACAGAGAACUUCUGCGUCGCAAGAUCAAUGUGAUCUUUGCUGUAACCGAACAGGUUAUUAGCACUUAUCACGAAAUGAGUGUUCUCAUGAAGGAGAUUAGCAAUGUGGAGAAGUUAAGUGCAGAUUCGUCCAACAUUCUGGAGUUGAUCAAGAAGAGUUACGAGAGCUUCAUCAAACGCACCCAGUUCGGUGAUAAUAGUCCAGAUCAUAUCAAAAUGGAAUACUAUACUGAUUGUGGUGGACAAUUUCCUCAAUUGCAAAAGCGCAACUAUUGCAAUAAUGUCGAUUUGGGCAAAGAAAUUGAGUUCUUCGUUGAUGUUACACUAACUGAAUACCCUAAAAAUGGAGUUUAUACCCAAAAGAUACGCGUGGAAGAGGCAUCGCUCAAUGAGUUUAUGAACAUUGAUGUGGAGUUGCAACGUCCUUGUCCUUGUGUAGAGGAUCCCGAACCACAGAAUGAAUACGGGAGAUUUCAGUGUGACGAUCGUGGUUACCUAAAUUGUGGCAUGUGCAGUUGUGAUGACGGUUGGACUGGCACCUAUUGCAAUUGCCCCACAGAUCCCUCGAAUGCCACGACCAACGAAGCUCUGCUUUUGCAGUGCCGGCCAAAGGAUAAGGACGGACAACAUGCACCCCAGGUGUGCUCCAAUCACGGCGAAUGCGACUGCGGCAGUUGCAGCUGUGAUCCUGGCUACACGGGCAGAUUUUGUGAGUGUCGCGAGUGCGUGGAUUGUGAAGAAGAUCGCGCCGAAUGCUAUUGUGGUCAGUGUGUGUGUAAAUAUGGUUGGUCGGGAACGCGUUGCAACUGCAAAGAGGACACUGAAGCCUGCAUGGGACCCACGGGAGAGGUGUGCUCGCAACGCGGCACUUGUGAUUGUGGUGAAUGUCAAUGCAAUAAACCAUAUUUAGGCAAAUUCUGUGAGAUCGAUUCCCAAAAGGAUAACAAGCUCUGUCAAUUCUAUGAGCCUUGUGUCACGUGUCUGAUCUCACAGAAACAGGGCAUGGGCGCCUGUGAGAAUUUAACUGAAAUCUGCACCAGCACAGAGUACAACGAUCGUUUCACCUAUGCCUUUGUCCCCGAAUUGGACCCUGAUUCGGUGCAGUGUCUUGUGCGCAUUGUGAAUAAACAUGGCAUUUCGUGUGACAGUUACUUUGGCUAUUCAGUCGUUGGACAUACCAAUUACCUAUCGAUACAAGCCGUCGAAUGUGAACCCCCCAACUAUUAUGCCAUCGUUGGCUACAUCUCUUUGUUCACUUUACUUGCUGGCCUGGCUCUUAUUUUGCUUAUCAGGUGGUGUGUCAAUCGGAAGGAUGCCCGAGAAUAUGCUCGAUUUGAGGAGGAACAAGCCAAGACUGUGAAUCAAGAGAAUCCCAUUUAUAGAGAUCCAGUCGGUAGAUAUACAGUGCCCAAGGCGUUAAGUGUUAAGUACGAUGAGAAUCCUUUUGCAAGUUGAUUUAUGAAUCGACGCGAGAAUGUUAAUUAUGAGUAUUUUGUAUAUAUAUAACUCCAAAAUGAGGGUCCAAGGUACCUCUGUGAGAAUUGACAAGCCAAGAAUUCUACAUACAUAUAAAAAUUUAGGUGCGAUCCCCGAAACAAAGGAACUUUUCGAAAUCAGUUCAGGGGAACACUUGAAAUUUAUCUAAUUUAGAUUUUAAAUGUUUCUAAAACAAAUACAUUAAUUUAGAACAUUUUCUGUUCUAAUUGAAACUAGUUUUAGACUUAAUAGGAACAAAAUCAUUAAUUAUUUAAGACAUUAAGUCCGAUUUUUACCAUGGAUUUGUAUUUAAGUUUGAUUUAAAAAUUCAUGACAGAGCCAAAAAUGUGUUUCGAUAUUUAGAUUUUCCGAAUAUAUUUCAUUGUUUACUUAAUCGAAAUGAAUUUAGGGAUUAAUUUCGAUCACAUUUUGGUAUGAAAGAAGGUUUUCUAUCCGAUUUCUCUUAACAAAAAAGGAUGAACUGAAACCGCUACUUUUUUUUUCUUAAAUCUUAUGUUAAAUAUUUUUUUCAAUAAUUGUUCACAAGAAAUAUAUCUA